AUGAAGGCCGUGCUUUCCCUUGCCGUCCUCUGCGUCAUUCUCGCCGUCGCCGCUGCUGGUGGCUUCGGCGGCUACGGCCUCGGCGGCCGUGGUUUUGGCGGCCACGGCGGCUACGGCCUCGGUGGUCUCGGCGGCUACGGCGGCUACGGCCUCGGUGGUCUGGGCGGCUUCGGGCACGGAUUUGGUGGUCACUAUGGAGGAAGCUACGGUGGAAGCUACGGUGGAUCCUACGGCGGCCACUACGGCGGCCUCGGCGGCGGAUUUUUCGGCUAACCUCGUCUUCUGACUUAUUCCAUACAUUACUGCUCUCCCGUGAUCUUCAACGUCCAGACCGGUCCCGAAACCAAGACGCACAAUACUACAAAAGGUCAUAGCAACGAAUCUGCCGUGAAAUCGAAAACACAUGUGUUAAAAAUAAACACUCCAAAUUGCUCAAAA